UGCCGAGCCAAGCGCGAGAUCGUCUGCGGUCUCGGGCUCGUGUUCUGUCUGGCCAACGACAGCUGCGUUCUCGAGGGUACUUGCCUGAUCGCUGGAAGUGGGAACGCCGCGGGGAGCGGCGUCACAACAGAGGACGUUACGCACACGACGGUGGAAGGAUCAGCUGCGUCCACUGACGGCGCGACGGAAAUGCCCAGCACGACGCUGGAAACGACAGGAUCGGCGUCAAAUUUAUCACAGGGAACGACGGAUCCGUCCAGCGCGGCCACUGAAGAGACCUCAACGGUACCAGGGCCUCUAGAUAGCUGUGAAAUCGACCAAGUCUUCUGCGUCAUCACCGACCGCUGCCAGUCGCCCGCCGACGCCUGCGGCGUCGUCUGCCCGCCCAGUCACGUGGUCUGCUCCGGCCAGGAGACGUGCGUGACCUACCGUGCCUGUCAGGACCCGUUGGACACAGGUCUGGCAUGGACCCUGCCUGAGCCGGUCGUCCAGGGGUCAAGCGAACUGCCGCCGGCCGUCUCACUCAACUCCAUCGUCCAGUCAGCCGCGGCGGAGACUCUUCUACUGACCGGUAACGCGCCCAGCUUCCUGGUGGAGACGGCCGACGAGGGCUGGGAGGCAGCUGACGCGGCCGACGGCACCUUCAGCCCACUCACCGUCGGCAGCCGCUUGCGCUUCAGCCAGUUCGUGCAGUUCCAGCCGGCCGAUACUGGCUUCGGCUUGCGCCAGCUGAACCUCAGCCAGGACGUCGACAAGGAGACGAGCCUGCAGUACACGGUGCUGCAGUACGUGCUGCCCCGGGCCGGGCUGGUCAGCAUCAACACCUCGGAGUUGACCCUCGCCGAGGACGAGCCGGGCACGCUGCUCAUCUCAGAGCUCGUCUCCGUGGGCCGCGCCGCCUCGGCCGCCGACCUCGAGGAGCUGAGCUGGCAGCUGCAGUCGCCGGCGCUGGACCGCGCCGCGCUCGGGUACCAGCAGCUGCGCUCGCUGUACCAGCCGACGGUACCGGUACGGGUGCGGUACGCCGGAGAGAUUCAGCGCCGCUCUGAGGUGCCAGGCCAGACGCUCUUCUCGUACACCGGCGACGAGGACAGGUGA